UGUCGUGUAUCAGAUGAAGGCUCUGCCUGAUCUGGUGUCCUGUCUCCAGCAGGGUCUGCCCUAAGCAGGAGCCUGAGGUAUAGCAAAAAUAGGGCAAGAAUAUAUUGUACUGGUAGUAGUUUCUCUUCCUGGUGCUUAGUCCACAAAUCCUACCUCUCUCUUUGCCCAGGGCUGCUUGGUACAGUGUAGAGCAAGUGAAGAUGGUAAGUGCUCAACAGUGAGUACAGUGUCAAAGGUUGUGCUGGCAGAGAUAGGUCAGGAUGUGUUUUCAGGCCCUAAAACUGGAACAAGGGGGAAUCUACAUAGCUGUCCUUUCAAACAGAACAAUCCAGGUGGAGGACUUGGAGGAAUUCUGGAGAGACAAGACCAAAUCCCAGUUCUUAUGUGUAUCAUAUGUGAGGAAAGCAAGCAUAAUGAGGGGAAAAAUAUGCAUUUUCCCAGCUCAGCAAUCUAGGGUGAUAUCCAUGGAGGAACAUCACCCUGGUUUGUGUAACCUGCUCUGAUCUGGAAAGGCAGGAAAUCCACUGAGAAGAUCAUUGCUGCUUUGUAUUGCAGUUCUGGAAUGACAAUAACUGUAAAGCCUUUCCUUUUAGCAGCGUGGGACUGACAGCAUAAAGACUGAAGAUUUGUGGGGAUGUACGUAUAUUCUUAUUGCUUUGGGAAUUCUCAAAACAAUUCUUAAAAAAACCUCCUUCCCUGUCUGCAGUGUCAAAUUUGUUCUGUGCUGGUGCCUUUUAAUGACUAGCACAGUAGUUGGGUGUGCUGGUGUAACAUCUGCUGGCUUUUAUUUGGUUUUGGAAGUUCUUGAGCUUUUUCUCUCCCACAAGUCUCCUUAUAAUAUGCCUUAUAUUCAUCAUGUGGAUUACUCUGAGACUUCUGAAAGAUUGACUGAAAGUGGGAAAGGGUUAGUGCAGAGGCAGCUCCUCUUAGCGAUACACUAUCUUACACAUCAAAAGGGCACAGAUGAGAACAUGAGAGAUUGUAAAAGCCCUCACUUGGGAGGAGUUAGAUAAACACUCACCAAUAACCUGCCUACGUUAAACCUUUUCCAGAAUGCGUGAGUCUGAGAGAUAAAGGGAGCUAUAAAGGGGGAAGCAGCCAGGAGGGCACCAGAGGGAACUGCCCACAGCUCCCGAGGGGUCGUGGCCCAGGUUUGGAGGUGCUUCUGUAAGGAAUCAGUAUGGAGCCAGAGGAGUACAGACAGAGAGGGAAAGAGAUGGUGGAUUACAUUUGCCAGUACCUGAGCAAUGUGAGAGAGAGACGGGUGACUCCUGAUGUGCAGCCAGGUUACAUGAGAGCCCAGUUGCCGGAUUCUGCCCCAAUGGAUCCUGACAGCUGGGACAACAUCUUUGGAGAUAUAGAGAAGAUUAUUAUGCCAGGGGUAGUCCAUUGGCAAAGUCCUCACAUGCAUGCCUACUUUCCAGCUCUUACUUCCUGGCCUUCACUCCUUGGAGAUAUGUUGGCUGAUGCAAUUAACUGCUUGGGAUUCACAUGGGCCUCCAGCCCAGCCUGUACAGAACUGGAAAUGAAUGUGAUGGAUUGGUUGGCCAAAAUGCUGGGACUUCCAGAGAAAUUCCUGCACUACCAUCCUGACAGUGUGGGUGGAGGAGUAUUACAGAGCACUGUGAGUGAAUCCACCUUGGUUGCACUGCUAGCAGCAAGGAAGAACAAAAUUCUGGAGAUGAAGGUUUCCGAGCCAAACGCCGAUGAGUCCUCGCUCAAUUCUCGCCUCAUCGCUUAUGCAUCUGAUCAAGCACAUUCUUCUGUAGAAAAGGCUGGCUUAAUUUCCCUUGUGAAGAUAAAAUUUCUGCCUGUGGAUGAGAACUUUUCCCUCAGAGGUGAAACUUUGAAGAAAGCCAUUGCAGAAGACAGAAAGAAAGGCCUCGUGCCAGUCUUUGUUUGUGCAACAUUGGGUACAACUGGUGUCUGUGCUUUUGACAGUCUCUCAGAACUGGGUCCAAUUUGUGAUGCUGAGGGACUCUGGCUUCAUAUUGAUGCUGCAUAUGCAGGAACAGCAUUUGUAUGUCCUGAAUUUAGGCUGUUCUUGGAUGGAAUUGAAUAUGCAGAUUCCUUUACUUUUAACCCUUCUAAAUGGAUGAUGGUUCAUUUUGACUGCACUGGAUUUUGGGUUAAGGAUAAAUACAAAUUACAUCAAACCUUCAGUGUUAACCCUGUCUACCUCAGACAUGCCAACUCAGGAGCUGCAAUUGACUUCAUGCACUGGCAGAUUCCACUGAGUCGCCGAUUCCGGUCUUUGAAGCUGUGGUUUGUGCUUCGCUCGUUUGGGGUGAAAAAGCUUCAAGCUCACGUCCGACAUGGUACUGAAACAGCCAAAUUCUUUGAGUCCUUGGUUAAAAGUGAUCCGCUUUUUGAAAUUCCUGCAAAGAGGCAUCUUGGACUGGUUGUAUUUCGGCUAAAGGGUCCCAACUGGCUGACAGAAAAACUCCUGAAAGAACUAAGCAGUUCUGGCAGGCUCUUCCUCAUUCCAGCAACCAUUCAUGACAAGUUCAUCAUUCGCUUUACUGUAACGUCUCAGUUCACAACCAGGGAAGACAUUCUGCGAGACUGGAACAUCAUCCAACACACUGCAGCCCAAAUUGUUAGCCAGAAUUAUGGGCUGCACUGCAUCAGUUCUGAUGAUGGGGCAAGAAUCCCUGCUAUGGCAGUAGAGCCCAGUUCUGAUGCCAUUAGUAAUGCUUCCCAGCUUUAUCUAGAUGGAGGGAAAUCUAAACCACCUUCCAGAAAAACAGUAGUUCAGCCUAAGAAGUUAUCGGUGAGUCCCAGUACACGUGUGAUUAGUCAACAAGUGAAAGGUCAAGGGGAUCCUCUAGAUGACUGUUUUCCAGAAGAUGUCCAAGAUGUUACCAGACAUAAGUUAACCUCUUUUUUAUUCAGUUAUUUAUCUGUUCAAGGCAAGAAAAAGACAGCACGUUCCCUUAGCUGCACCAGUGUGCCAGUGACUGGUAGUCUUGAGCAGUGUAACCCCAAAGCUGCAGCCACUGACAAGGAGGAGUCUCGUGCAAAUGCCAGGGUUCUUUCUAGCCUGCCUGAAGACAUGAUGAUGUUCAAAAAAAGUGCCUUCAAAAAACUAAUUAAGUUCUACAGUGUCCCAAGCUUUCCAGAGUGUAGCAUUCAGUGUGGCCUUCAGCUGCCUUGUUGUCCUCUGCAAGCCAUUGUUUAACAAGUAAGAGAGCUUAGUCCUUAGAAAGAGAACCAAAGUUUGCUUAAUCAUAUGCAAUACCACAUGUUCUUUUGUUCAAUAUGUAAGCAGUGGCAAUGACCACUGAGAAAAUUACUGUGCUUUUACUGGUGAAAACCUCAUGUAUUUAUAGAUUAAAAUGUCAAAUAAAUCUUGUAGGCAUAUAA